AUGCACGUUCGUCUCCUCCCCCUCGUCCUCCCCGCCGCCGCGGUCGCCCUCUCAGCAACCCUCUACCACGCCACGACCCACACCUGGUGCAUCCCCCAACCCGUCACCGGCGAUAAACAAUCAAACCUCUUCUCCGCCUUCCAACACGGCGCCUGGUCCGGCGAUUCCCACCUCAUUGAGAAAACGUUCAACAAAUACAUCGUCGAGGACUACAUCCAACACAACCCUUUCCUGCCUCAAGGCGCCGCGCCGGUGGUGGAGCUUCUGAAGGGGUUGACGAAAAGUACGAGUUUGGAGGCUGUGAGGAUGGGGUUUGAUGGUGGUCUAGGUUGGGUCCACUCCCGCGGGAGUCCGAAACCGGGCCAUGAAGACGAGGGGAAAGUCACGGCGAUUGUGGAUAUCUAUCGCAUGAAUGGGAGUUGUAUCGUGGAGCAUUGGGAUGUUAUGCAGGAGGUUGCGGGGAAUGCGACGAACGAGUUGGGGAUGUUUUAG